AUGGGAAUUUUGAUGUCAUACAAGUGGACAACAGACUCGGUUGAGAGUAUUUCGAAGGCGUCGAUGGAGGAGGUGGUUCAGCUGUUGAAGGUCUUCCAGUGGAUCCUAUCUUACGAUAACAUCCAGCUGGCGUUCCGAGUCUUUUCUCAGCGGCUCGAUAACCUGGGCGAAUUCGGGAGUGGAUGUGCCGCUACAGUGUAUAUCAAGAAGGGCCUCUUACCUUUUCCUCCAGAAGUCAAUCAUGCCUUCCAACUCCAUCGAGCAAAAGGAAUGUUGAAUCCAAUCACUGUUGGCGAUGUUCUCGACUUGUGCCAAAAGCAUCAAGCCUCUAUCGAAGCUCGCAUGAUCUACCACACACUCCAGUUCCUUCUCCAAACCACCGACUUUAACCUCGGAGCCUAUCGGCACCGCGAGAGUGAAAUCUUCAAAGCUCCCGAUUGGCUAGACCCACUUCCCGCAGGCAAAGAGCAUACUGCAUCACAGUACCUGCUCGGUAGCGUCAAUAUCACCGAAACAAGUUACGAAGAUCAUGUCAAACUCAUCGUGGAAUGGCUGAAGCAGCUCGGAAUUGAGGUACCUGAAGAACAGAAGAAGUUGGGACUAGAGAAGCUGAUUGCCUGGUGCGGAGACCAACUGACUAUUGAUCGACUUCGAGGCCUUUUGGCGUUUCCGAGCUGGAGAUUCGAAUUCCUUUGA